AUGCUGACGUUCUUUCAUUUUUUCUUCUUCUUGAAUGUGGCGUUGAGCUCAUUGGGGAGUGUCCACGGCCUUCUGCCUGAGAAGAGAGAGCUGUCGAAAAGAGGAAGCGAGAACACCUGCCCUAGUUUCAAAUCAGCCGCCACUGAAUGGGCUGCCAACAUCUCCUUCUCCAAUGCGGCAUCGUCGGCAGAAACGCCAGCGGGCUAUACACAAGUCUUUUCGAACGGUCAAGUGUGGACAUCGGGAGACGGAUUUCUUGGGUACACGACAAUUGAUGAGUACGACAGCAGCAUCUGCGCCGCGAUUUGCGACUCGCUCGAGGAAUGCUCGUCAUUCAAGGUCUACUUUGAAAAAGAGGUUGGCGGAUCCCAGUCAACAAUUAAGUGUACCUUCUGGGCCGGAUCAAUAGAUGUCAAUGCGACAUUUGCUGCCACUGCUGUGAUUGCGGGUUGCAACGGGUACACCAGCAAUGCUUUGACGCCACCGGAUGGGUUUGAGCCGCCAUCGUACAUUGGAAGAGCUGCAAUUCAACCACCACCAGACUCGGGGUCAUUCAUCGGUUCCAAGGUCUUUAAUGGCCCGUUCAACACAUCUCAGUGCGCUACUGAAUGCCAAUCUUGUGGAUGUAAAUUCUUCAACACUUACAUUGUCUCCCGGAAUGGUGUGGGCCAGGGCCAAUACUGCGAUAUGUAUGCUCAAAAACUGGGAUCUGAGUAUGCAACCGAGACUGGGAGUUCCUAUGGGAAGACAAAUUACACCAUCUCUCGCAGCUUUACUUGUGGAUGGUCAGGAGACCAGCGUGAUACGGACAGAUCAAGCCGUGCUUCUUCUGUCCCGCCAACAACGACCGCAGCCAGCUCCACUGCAAACGGCGGCUCGUGGGAGCAUGAUCAUCCCUGGCAUGGAAGCUGGCCGAAUACCAAGAGCUCCACGACCACAACCAUAACAUCCGACAAGAGUUCCACGACACCUGGAGGUUCUAGUACAACAUCUACACGACCGGUUGACAGCUCGUUCACUCCCAGCACAGGCGCUCAUAGCACAUUUUCAACCACCUCGAUCCCGACGAGGCCUGGGUUCAGCACGUCAUCUUGGUCUCCAUCCGAAGGGUUCAGCAGCAGUUCGACAACGACUUCCGGGGCGGCCUCCUCUCAGACAAGACUGGGAGUUGACGUCAACUCGACCAGCUAUCUCAAGCAGCACGACAACUGCCCAAGCUGUCGGUACGACUUCUUCAGAAGCCACAACCACCACUUCAACUGCCGCGGCUACUAG